CUUCCCUUCCCUUCCCUUCCCUUCUCCCACACUCUUCUUUUCUUUUUCUUCUCUCCCAAUUGUCGUCAAAACAAAUCCUCAAAAGCUUCAGUCCCGCCCGACCACACCGUUUGCCACCGCCAAAUCUAAAUGAAAAAGUGAAGCUAUUCACAACUCUCCUUACCCAUCGACCGCAACUAACCCCCUGCGUAUCUGUUCUUUCGACACGGCCCGAUUUCACUUUUCCCUCACUAUCGGUCGAGUCAAGCACCUUCAAACUUCUCUCCACCUUUCUCACUUACGCGACGCGACAAAGGGUACAAAAAAAAUCGCGAAAAAAUCGGGCUUCAUCGUUCCGCGCUACCCAGCCCCGAGUCCGGGCAACAUCUUGUGCUUCGAACGAGUUACUCGAUAAAAGACUCGACGUUUCAAGUUUGUCCCACGACCUGAACGACUCGACGCUCUUCACCCAACCUCCUGCCGACUCCACGCGCACCCUCGCUCGUUAUCGGUCUACUGCCAAGCGCUCGACGAGACCUGUAACCGGCCGGACCCUUCCAUACGCGCAAAAAAAAAGGCCCCUUGUCUAGUCGACAACACACACCUCCUCUCAUCGCGACAGCUACAAGUCGCACGCGUGCGCAUUCCCGAUAACAACAAAAAGUCGCUUCUUCUCGCGACCGCCCUCGCCGCGCGCCUUGCUCCAGCUCCGCAAGCGCACAACGCGAGGACUCUACCACCUGUCAAUGGUUGUUUUGGCUCAUUGGGAGUAAUUCGCAAUGGUGACUGACAAAUAUUAUUCACAGCAGCAUCAGCCGCACCACGCGCAGGGCCCGCCGCCGCAACAACUGCCGCACCAGCGCCCCUCCAGCGUCGUGCACCAGCAGCAGCAGCCGCCCGCACCGCAGCAGCAACAGCAGCACUCCGGUGCCUACCAACCCUCCCACGGCCUGCCGCAGCAGUACGGCCAGAACGGCACCGGUCAGGUCGCCCAGCACCCGCAAGACGUGCCCUACUACACCCACGCGAGCCCCUACAGCACGCCCAGCGCGACGGGCACCUAUACCUCCGCAGCGGCAGACACGCCCGAUAUCAUCGCAGCCGCAGGCAUGGCGCGCCCUCUCUACCCCCCGAUCUACCACACCCCUCAAUCGAACUCGCCAGCCUCCGUAGCCUCGCCGUUGGGCCACGAUCAGCACGGUCGCCAGAUCUACUCCCAGCCUCCCUCUCAGAUGCAGCAGCAGCAACCAAUGUACUACACACCACCACCACAAACUUACCCGCCCAUGCCGCAGCAGGGUAACCCCUCGCCGUACGGCCAGCAUCAACCACAGCAUCACCAGGGAAUGGGCCCGCAGUCGAAUCUGCUCAUGUCACAUCCACAGGCGCAGCACCAGAUGCAGCACCCCGGCCAGCACCCACAGCAGAUGACCAGCAGCCCGCGCGUCACCAAGAUGGAGCACCCACCCCAACAACAACAGCAGCGCGCCGCCCCAGCACCACCACAGGGCCAACCACAACCCCCCCACACACUCCAGCACAUCCCACCCGCAACCAACGGCGCACCACCUCUCCCAGGGACCGGCGUCAACCCCUCCGCAGCGCCUGGGCCAAUCCCUGCCACAACCCCUCUCGUUGUCCGCCAGGACGGCAACGGCGUCCAAUGGAUCGCCUUUGAGUACUCUCGCGACCGCGUCAAGAUGGAGUACACCAUCCGGUGCGACGUCGAGUCCGUAGCCGUCGACUCGCUGGCCCCCGAAUUCAAGACCGAGAACUGCGUCUACCCCCGCGCCUGCUGCUCCAAGGACCAGUACCGUGGCAACCGCCUCGUCUACGAGAGCGAGUGCAACACCGUCGGCUGGGCCCUCGCCGAGCUCAACCCCUGCUUGAGGGGGAAGCGCGGUCUCAUCCAGCGCGCCGUCGACUCGUGGCGAAACAGCAACCAGGACCCGCGCCUGCGCUCGCGCCGCGUCCGCCGUAUGGCGAAGAUCAACUCGCGCAAGCUCGUGCACGCGGCACCGCUCGGCCUGCCGCCGGGAGCACCGCCGGGAUCUCUACCGGUUCAGCAGCAACAACAACAGCAACAGGGGAAGAUGGGCGCGCAGAUGCAUCAUCAUCACCAGGCGCAUGCCGAUGGGGCAGCGGCGCCGAAUGGCGAUGAUGGAAGUGGCCCUCCCUCCCCCAACAACCUCGACGACAGCUCCAACCCGGCCUCCAAUUGCCCCCCACAGAAUCCAGCACUACCGACAUCAUCAACAACAACAGCAACCCUCCCCAUCCACCCUCCCUCCACCACCAUCACCACCGCCGCGGCCCCCCCUUCCCCCUCCGAACCCCUCAACCCCUCCCUCUUCCCCCCCAUCCUCCCUCCCGGCAAAUCCCCUAAAUACCUCCACAUCCCCAUCUCCGCGCCCACAAAAUCCCCCUCCUCAACCCCCACCACCUCCUCCCUCGCCACCACACACGCACCGGGCUCAGCUACAUCAGGCGCGACGGGCGGGUUAGCAGCGAAACACAAGAUCCGCGCUGACCUCGCCAGCGUCCGCGUCUCGGAGAUCCCGGAUAGUGUCCGUAAAGCCGCGAGCGUGUUUGUGAGGAGUUGGAGGGCGGUGUGGGAGAAGGCUGCGGGGGAGGAUGGGGAUGAGGUCGGGGGUGGUGUGGCUGGGAAAGGGGGUGUGGGUGUUAGGGUCCUUGCGUGGCCUUCGCUCCGCGGUGGUGGUGGUGGUGGUGGUGGAAGGGGGGAGGGAGGAGGGGGAAUGGAUGUGGUGAUUCCGAGGGUUGGGAGGGCGAGGAGGGUUAGGGAGAGAGGGUUGAAUGAGUUGGCGUGGAGGUUGGCGUGGGUUGGGACGAGGAGGGUGGGGGGGCGGAAGGUGUUGUUGCAGAGGUGUUUGGAUGCGUAUCGCAUGAAGAUUAGGAAGGCGCUGGAGGUUGUGGAAGGGGGGGAGAGGUUUGAGGUGUUUGAGUUGAGGGCUGGUAAGAGGGUUUGGGGGGAGAGGAUGGCGAGGGGGAGGGCUGGGGAGGAGGUUUGAUGGGGGUGCUGAGGUUUGUGGUGUUUGCUGAGGGUCUUGGUUUUCUCGGCUUCCCUUAUUUUUUGGCUUCUUGGUUGGGUUGCUGGGUUCUUGGUUGCUGGGUUCUUGGUUUCUAGCUUCCUUGUUUUCUAGCUUGUAUCGAUUUCUUUGGAUGGAGCGUUGGGGGGUUUUUGGGGCGAAGGGACGGGAUGGGAUGGAAAGGAAUGGUGUUUUACUUCUCGAUGGGAGCGUUUAUCAUUGUCUUGGAAUACUUAUCUUUUGUGUGAGAACAUCAAGUAGAGCGACGAAUUGAUAUUGCUAAC